UCAUCGGGGUCUACAUUUUGUUACUCAGACGGAGUACAUAUCGCAUUUAUAUUCUUCAAUUUCGACACUGUACGACCACGUUUUUUGAGCACAAAACACUCGGAACACACUCUCCUACUUCUCGUCGCAAAAUGUCAGACGGACAUGCGCAUCCACUGGGUAUUAAUACGCCAGGAAUUUGCAUCAAUCAGCUGUGUGGGCUGUUCUGCACACUAGACCAACGACAAAGUAGUCCCUCGAAUUCCUUAACUUCCUGUGUUCCCACAGUUUCUCUUUUAUUUACCUUUUACUAAAUUACUAGCUAACCUGUGCUGAUAGUUCUAAUCUAAGAAUUUAUUACAAGAAUUUUUGGUUAAGGGUGAAUUCCUAGUACAUAUAUGUAGUGUUUGACAGAUUUCUACUGGAUAUUUGUUUACUCCUUUAGAUGGAAGUGCGAAACGAUUGCGCGGCAUAUCUUAGUAACUAUGAAGUCUUGGAUAUUCUGCAGGGGAUUAAGUCGAAUAAAAAACAAAAGAUGACACAAAAUCAAUUGGCUACGAUAACAUAUCAGACUAUAAGAUAUUUGGAGGAUACUGCUUGUAAAAAACAGUCUCCAGAGAAGAUACAGGAUUUUCUGAGAGCGGUUGAAGGAUUCAAACUGACAAAGUGUGAGAAGCUGGCUUUGCUCAAUAUUUGUCCCAAAACAGCUCUUGAAAUUCAGUUGGUAAUUGAAGAUAGCGAAGAUCGUUUAAGUGAAGAAGAAGUAGAGUCACUUUUAAAGAUAGUUGCAGCACAUUUUGAAGAAGAGGACUUAGCUAGCUAAGAAACAAAUGUUACUGAGUCAACCAAUAAAAUUUGGUAUUCCAAUAUUUGUAUUUAUUUUAUAUACAUUCAUUCAUAAUAAAUACCAAAUUGGAUAUUGUUAAAUAAUA